CGCAGAUGGAGUACCCACCAUUGGUAAAAAGUGGACCAUCUUGGAUAGCCGAUCCACUACUACCAGAAUGCCCCAGCAGUGCCAGCUGUCAGUGCUCAUCAGUGCCAUGUGCCAGUGCCCAUCAGUGCCACAUAUCAGUGCCUACCAGUGCACAUCAAUGCCACAUAUCAGUGCCCAUCUGAGCUGCCUUUCAGUGUCACCCAUCAGUGCCAGUCAGUGCCAACUAUCAAUGCCAAUCAGUGCCACCUAUCAGUGCUGCCAGUCAGUGCCACCUAUCAGU